CAUUGACGAUAGGCGCAAUCAAGUUCUAGGCAAGAGGAAAGCAGUGGAAGAUCGUGCUUUCGAGCGCAAACGUUCCCUUCAAGCUUCCAAAGAUUUCCACAAAUUCGCUGCGGAAGCUGACGAUCUUGCCGUGUGGUUAAGCGAUAAAACCAAAAUAGCCGGCGAUGAGAGUUACCGAGAUCUUACCAAUUUGCCGCGCAAGCUGCAGAAACACAAAGCUUUCGAGCGCGAGUUACGCGCAAAUGAGGGUCAAUUGCGUAACGUCAACAAGGAGGGGCAGGCAUUGAUAGCGACGAAUAAUCGUGUGCCUGCGGUGGAGAGGCGAAUGGUCGACUUGAACCAAAAGUGGAGAGAUCUAUUGGCGCUCUCGGAAGACAAGGGACGCAAACUGGAACAGGCCUUGUCGCAGCGUGAACAUAACCGCGCCAUUGAUGAUGCCAAGCAAAAGGUGGCCGAGUUAGAUGCUGCACUAAAAAGCAAGGACGUGGGCAACGAUCUGCGCAGUUGCAAAGAUUUGAUAAACAAACAUCAGUUACUCGAGUCUGAGAUAACGGUGUGGGAACAAAAGAUCGUCGAACUAGUUAGUACUGGUGACGAGAUGGCACAUGAAGGUCAUUUCAAUGCAGUGCACAUCAAAGAUGAAACAAAGGAUAUACAAAAUCGCUUUAAGUUAUUACGCGAACCAGUACAAAAACGUCGCGAGGAACUCGAAGAGAGCUUGAAUUACCACAAGUUCGUGUUUGAGCUAGAUGCCGAAUUCCAAUGGAUCAACGAUCACAUGCCAGCAGCUAAGUCUAAGGAGCUAGGUCAAAACCUCCACCAAGCGCAAACUCUCUCGAAGAAACAUAAAAAACUCGAGGCCGAAGUUAAGGGGCAUCAACCCAUGAUCAACAAAGCUUUGCAAGCCGGUCAAACGCUGAUUGCACAAAAUCAUCCCGAAAAAGAGAAUGUAAAAGCCUUGAGUGCUAAGUUGGAAGAUGCCUGGGCUGACUUGGAGAGCAAUUCAAAUGAUCGCAGUAAGAAGCUGGAGAUGUCACUUAAGGCGCAGCAGUACUUGUCCGACGCCGGGGAGAUUGAAUCUUGGUUGGGUGAGAGAAGCAACGUCCUGCGCUCCACUGAGUAUGGGCGAGAUCGCGACUCUGCCGCCAAAUUGCUGACCAAACACAAGACAAUCGAACUGGAGCUGGACACGUACUCUGGUAUUGUCACCGAAAUGGGGCACAAUUGUGCCGCCAUGGUGGCCGCUGGACAUCCGGACAGUAAAAUUCUUGCUGCGAAACAACAACUUAUCGAAAAAAUGUUUAAAUCACUACAUAAAUUGGCGCAACAACGACAAAUGCGUUUGAUGGAGAGCCUAUACAUGCACGAAUACUUCCUGGAAUCGGAUGAGGUGGAACAAUGGAUUAAGGAACAAGAACAGGCAGCUUCAUCUGAGGACUAUGGACAAGACUAUGAACAUCUCCAAUUGCUGCAAAAUAAGUUCGAUGAUCUAAAACAUCGCGUGGAAGUGGGUUCGGAUCGAGUGAAUCAGUGUGAAGUACUGGCCAAGAAACUUAUCGAGACGGAGAGUCCAUACGCCACAGAUGUGGAGAGGCGUCAAGAACAGUUGAGGGAAUCUUGGGAAAAUCUGCUAAAAUUACUCAACCAACGCGAGCAAAAGUUACACGCUGCCGGAGAAAUACAUCGUUUCCAUCGCGACGUUGCUGAGGCGCUCUUCCGCAUCCAAGACAAGAAUGCAGCACUCUCCUCUGAGCUCGGAAGAGAUUUGAACUCAGCACUAGCACUGUUGCGAAAACACGAAGGUUUC